AUGUGUCAUGUAGUUUCUGUACGAACCAAUUAAAUUCAUUCUGAGUACUCUGCUUUGUUGAUAUGAUUUUAAGUCAAUAUUUUCUUCUUUGUUUCUUAGCAAAAAGGGGACAUUUAAUUGGAUUUAUUUAUUUAUUGAAGGAACCGGUUAAUGUCACACAGUUGUCUACACUUCAAUAGACUAAAAUCUUUAUUCUCUGCAACACCGACAACUACUGCAUAACUUUACCCUAUGUGCUUCAAUUUGAUCGGGUUCAUUACAAUUUUGAAACCCAUCAUUCAAUCAGGUGUAGAUCACACAAACAUGGGUGUUUCGGAGUCGGAAAUCAUCUCCCAAGGCAAGGUGGAUUCACCUUUGUUAUCGGACCAACAAGAGAAGAACCAGUUAUUCUCUUCAUUAGGAAGACAAUCAUCAAUCUACUCUCUCACUCUUGAUGAGUUUCAGCACACCCUCUGCGAGAGUGGCAAGAAUUUUGGGUCGAUGAAUAUGGAUGAGUUCCUCACAAGCAUUUGGACCGCCGAAGAAAACCAAGCCAUUAAUUCCAAUCACACCAACACUUCCACUACUAACAACAACACGAACAACAUUGAGGUGCACAUGCCUUUAGCCGAUGCCUCUGCAGAUAAGCACAUUGCGACGCAGCCCAGCUUGCCGCGACAAGGCUCACUCACACUGCCUGCGCCACUGUGUAGGAAAACGGUGGAUGAAGUUUGGUCCGUGAUACACAAAGGGCAGCAGGCAAAGCAGCAGAACAAUCACAACGGCAGCAUCGACGGCGGUGUUCAGAGUUCUGAGUUUGCCCCUCGUCAGCCUACUUUUGGGGAGAUGACAUUGGAGGAUUUUUUGGUUAAAGCAGGGGUAGUUCGGGAACAGGAAUCAAUGGCAGCCACAGUGGUGCCUCCUCAGCCUCAGCAGCAGCAGCAAUAUGGGAUGUAUCAGAACGGCAACCAGGCAGUGGUACCGAGUUUUGUUAAUAGGCCUGUGAUGGGAAUGGGGGCUGCUGGUGCAGCAGGUACUAGCACUGCUACCGGUAUUCGGAAUUACCAAACUAUACCACAAAGUGGGUCUGCGGUUGUGGGAGAGUCCUCUGCGUAUGCUGCGAAUGGUAAGAGGAAUGGGGCUUACCCGACAGUGCCACCUCCACAGUCGGUUUGUUUUGGCGGGAGAGUGGUGAAUGGUGGUGAUGGAUAUGCAGCAGGGCAGACAAUUGGGAUGGGGGCUCUUGUGAGUCCGGUGUCUUCUGAUGGGAUGGGUACUAGUCAGGUUGAGAACUCUGGGGGUCAAUUUGGUUUGGAAAUGGGUGGACUAAGAGGAAGGAAGCGGGGUUUAGAUGGAGCGGUUGAAAAAGUGGUAGAGAGGAGGCAGAGAAGGAUGAUUAAGAACAGAGAGUCUGCAGCAAGGUCUAGAGCCCGAAAACAGGCAUACACAGUUGAACUGGAAGCAGAACUGAAUCAAUUGCGAGAAGAGAACUCACACCUUAAUCAGGCGCUGGCAGAGCUCGAGAGGAAACGAAAGCAACAGUAUUUCGAGGAAAUGAAGAUGAGAGUUCAGAACAGGGCCCGGAAAGUGAAGGAGAAGCUAAGGGUGUUGAGGAGGAGUCAUAGUUGUGGUUUGUGAUAUGCUAUCUGAGAAACGGUCAUUGAGGACUCGACAGAACUGAGGCGCUACCCAGGGAUGUCGAAACUGCGCAAGCUCAGCUCGAUGUUGAAAUGGCUACAAGGUGAAGCAAAUGAUAAGAGUGCUCCACUGCAAGUGAAGAUUAUGUGACUAUGAGAACAUGAAUGAUUCAAAUAGGUCAAAUGUGUAAAAUCCAGUUGAAUAUUAAAUUUGAGUUAUGUACUAGGCAUGGUUAUGCAUU